AACAUGCAAGCCUUCACAAUAAAACACACUGACCUUCACAAUAAAACAUGCAGACCUUCACAUUAAAACAUGCAAGCCUUCACAAUAAAACACACUGACCUUCACAAUAAAACAAGCAGACCUUCACAAUAAAACAAGUGGACCUUCACAAUAACACAAGCAGACCUUCAAAUAUAAAUAUACUUGUGUGGACACCGAGAUGGACAGGUCUGAGGACAGACAUGAGCACAGACUUGAGGACAGGUCUGAGGACGUCUAGAUGGAGGAUGAAAUUGUCAGUCGGAGCUCAUUAAGAGGAUUAAUUUUCCGUCUCUUUUCCCGUUAAUCAGCUGAUAAACAGCUCAAAGUUCCUGAAAUCCUUUAAUUCAGACUCUGGUUAAUCUGUGGGCAGACUGCAGCUCUGAUAGGCUGGUCCAACAGCCAAUCAGAGGAGCCGCUGUGGAAUCAGGAGAUGUUGUGGUUUGGUUGAUCAGUGGAAUCAACAGAAUCAGCAGAGAUCAAUAAACGGCCUCAGUCUGCUACAUUCUCUGCACUUUUACUCAACAUGGAUCAUUUUUCAUGUUUGUCUUAUUCUCUGUCUCAUUUUGUUUGUUUUGUCAUUCUUGUUUCCUCAUUUUUCAUGUUUUGUUUCUCAUUUCUCAUGUUUUGUUUCUUAUUUUUCUUGUUUUCUUAUUUCUCAUGGUUUGUUUCUUAUUUUUCUUGGUUUGUCUCUCACUUCUCAUGUUUUGUUUCUGAUUUCUCAUGUUUUGUUUCUCAUUUUUCUGGUUUUCUUUUAUUCUCUGUUGUCAUUAUGUUUGUGUCUUUCUUGUUUGCUCAUAUUUCCUGUUUUAUUUCUCAUUUGUCAUGUUUUGUUUCUCAUUUCUCAUGUUUUGUUUCUGAUUUCUCAUGUUUUGUUUCUCAUUUUUCUGGUUUUCUUUUAUUCUCUGUUGUCAUUAUGUUUGUGUCUUUCUUGUUUGCUCAUAUUUCCUGUUUUAUUUCUCAUUUGUCAUGUUUUGUUUCUCAUUUCUCAUGUUUUGUUUCUUAUUUUUCUUGUUUUCUUAUUUCUCAUGUUUUGUUAUUUUUCUUGUUUUGUUUCUUAUUUUUUUGUUUUCUUAUUUCUUAUGUUUUGUUUCUUAUUUUUUAUGUUUUAUUUCUCAUGUUUGUGGUUUUCUCUUAUUCUCUGUCUCAUGUUUGUGACUUUCUUAUUUUCUCAUAGGUCCUGUUUUUUUUCCUGUUUCUCUUCUAGAUGUUGAAGAUAAAUGAGUCGUUUUGUUCCUCUCUGGGUCUAACAGUGUUUCUUCUAAUCGCUGGGGAACCGGGUGGAACAUAAAUGUUUUAUUCUUGUCAUUAGCAGCAGCAACAGCCUCUAAUUGGUCCCUCGUUUUGUGAGGACUCCUAAUUGGCCGACGGGCAGCAUUAGCAUCAUUAGCCUCAUUAGCAGUGGCCCCGGCGUUUUACAGGGACGAGGCGUGGAUCCAGCUUUCACAACCCGACUGUUGAUUUUGGCGAGUCAGAACGUGUUCCCUGCAGCCGGCGGUUCUUUACUGCCAGAGCUUCAAAGACCAGGAAAACAACCCAUAGAGCAGGAGGAGGAGGUGAUGGAGAAAGCAGAGGAACCCUCGUGUUGGAGGUCCAGAGAGGAAAGAGGAGGAGGCCACGCCCACAUGGCGACGAGACCACGCCCACAUCUUGAUGAGGCCACGCCCUUGUGGUGACGCCCCGCCCACCUGCAGCAGAUAUACAGUGGUGCAGAGCUUCUCCUCCUCAGAGGACGUCUGAUGCUGAACAAGUCUUAGUGAAGUUGUCCAGCUGCUGCUGCUCCUCGUCCUGCAGACCUUCAUCUUCUUCUUCAUCUUCAUCGUCUGGAGAACAUGUCGGGGUUCCUGGUUCUGCUGCUGCUGCUCGGAGGUUCGGUUCUGCUCGGCUGCAUCCCGGCUCAGAGGAUCAGAGUGCGACGGCAGAACAUGAAGGUUCGGAUCAACGCCACCGGCGACACCAUUGUCAUGAAGUUCUUACGGCCGAGUCCAGACGUGAAGCUGGAGGGUUACAUCCUGGGAUACGGCAGCAGCAUGUUCUCCAAACAGUUCAUCCAACUGCCGGAGAAUGGAGAACCCUAUGAGGCCGAAGACGCUGAGCCCAAGUACCUGGCCGUCCAGCCAAUCCCAGCCAACGACAUGAAGAAACACUGCACAGGUAAAGUGAACCUGGGAGAAGCCUCUGCACCUGGUGAAUCGGUUUCUGUGAGCCCCCACAGCGUUCUGUUGUCCUGGGGGAACCACCUGAAGACCCCCUACGAUGGGAACAUCAUGAACGAGUGUCUGGAGGACGGGUUCUACACCAUCCGCUACAGGGAGAGGAACAGGAAGUGGAUCUACCAGACCUGCCCCACCAGCGACACCGUCAUUGACAACCUGAAGCCCAACACUCCGUAUGAGUUCGGCGUCCGAUCCAACAAAGAUGACCAGAGCGGGAUGUGGAGCAAACCGGUGGUCCACAACACCAACAUGGCCAAUAAAAACGCUCAGAAGCCAUACAAGCUGCGUAAUCCUCUGGCCAAGCCGCUGAAGCCUCAUGCCUUCUUCCCUCCUCGUCCUGCUCUCCAUAACGGGACGAGGCCUCGGCUGUCCACGGUUCUGAAGAAGCCCGGUUUCCCCCGGAGCGCUGCGCCCGUCCUUUGCGCCGCCAGAGAUUCGACAGGAAAGCUCGGUCCAGCCGUCGCCGCCUCGCUCGGCGCCGCUCGUCCUGAGAUCUCGGUUCUUCUGUACUCUGUCGCUCCAGACAAAGGGAACUCUGUUAGAACCGACCCGGACCAGCCGGUGGACCUGCCCACUCCUGCCCUCCCCCACUUCCUGCCCACCAAAGCCCCGCCUACCACCACCACCCCCCUUUAUAAAAUCCCCUCUGACGGCGAACCGCUUCCUGUCCAGACCACUAAGACGCCCUCUAGCGAACCCGAGAAGAAUCAAAACACUGCUGCUUUCAGCCAGUCACAGGACGGCUCCUCGCUGCUGGGAUCAGCGUUUGCCAAUGAGAGAGCCAGAGCUAACAGCUGGGGUUCCAGCAGGAACCCGGCGCUGACUUUACAGCCCUUCGACCCGGCAGCAUCCAUGGUUGGAUCGAUGAGGCCUCCAGUCAGAAAGCCCCUCUUUCCCUUCUCUAAGGGCAUCAGACGGCCCAGUAGCUCCUCCCCGACCUCAGGGAUACUCGGGGUAAACCGGCAGCACCACCGGGGCGUUUCCCCGCCAAAGCCAGCCUUAUGGUCCCGACCUGGACUCGGAUCUCCAGCUAGGCCAUCCAUUCAGAUCAACAAGAAGCCCAACCUGGUGGGGAAACCCGGAGACACAGAUAAAGUGAACAACUUGAAGCAAACUGACAAGCUGCCAAUCCUGAAGCCCAAAGUCCCGGCAGCGACGGCCAAACCAACCAAACCGGAGCGUAAACACACCACGACCGUCGCCCCGGCAACCGCAGUGACUCGACAGGAAUCCUGGGAAGACUCAGACCUUUUUAAAUCCCAGCCAACCUCCGACGUUGACGCCCUGGGAAAGAAACGCUUCGUAGCGCCUCACGUCGUCUACCAGACCGGGAAGAAGCCGGAGGAACCCUGCUCCAUCACCUCAUCCCUCAACUACUUCCCCGAGGCCGAACCCGGCGAGACCAACGUGACGUCUCCACCCAGGACGCCGCCAUCCAACCUGACGGUGGUGACGGUGGAGGGAUGUCCGUCCUUCAUCAUCCUAGACUGGGAGAAGACGGACAACGACACCACCGAGUAUGAAGUGAUCUCCACGGCUAAAGGACCAGACGGCGAGCAGGUUUCCAUCCUGACCACCAACCAGACGCACACCGCUGUGGAGAACCUCAAACCUGAGAGCAGUUAUGAGUUCAAGGUGAAACCGAAGAACGAGCUGGGUGCAGGUCCUCCCAGCGAGCCGGUGUCCUUCAACACCGAGUCUGCGGAUCCUCGAGUCAGCGAGAACGUUUCAGGUAAAGACGCCAUCUGGACUCAGUUCCCCUUCAAGACCGACUCGUACUCCGACUGCCACGGCAAACAGUACGUGAAGAGAACCUGGUACCGCAAGUUUGUGGGCGUCCAGUUGUGCAACUCGCUGCGGUACAAGAUCUACCUGAGCGACUCGCUCAAUGGGAAAUUCUACAACAUCGGAGAUCAGACGGGCUUUGGAGAGGAUCACUGUCAGUUCGUCGACUCGUUCCUGGAUGGACGGACAGGAAGGCAGCUCAGAGCCGACCAGCUCCCGAACCGACCCGGUUUCUACCGAGCCGUCCGUCAGGAGCCGGUCCACUUUGGACAGAUUGGAGGACAUUCCCAUGUCAACUAUGUCUCCUGGUACGAGUGUGGGACGCCCAUCCCCGGAAAAUGGUAGAUGGACCCAGAGGCAUGCUGGGAGAAGCCCGAGAGGAGGUCCAUGGUCUGGGCUGGGCCGGCAGCGAGGGUCCUUAGAACCAGCCGGACCCUCGGCCGUGGUACCCAGAGCUGUAAAAACAUGUAGAGGACAUACUUGUCAGGGAAUUAGUAACGAGAGCAGUUUUUAAAUAUAGCAAAUGUGCCUCAUCUUGACUAUUUAUCGAGCAUCCAGGAUGAAGCGUCGUCAGGAGAUCAUUCGGUCCCUCAGAUAUAUUUUAUUUUGUGUUACAGAAUGGGAAGCUGGCUCCCUGGAUUACUAUUUUCAUAACUUGUGAGAUGUUAUUUAUCAAAAGGUUGGAUCACAUUUCCUCCACAGGAGUUUUCGGGGUCUUGUGAUUUUGUUUCUGUUGAUUUCUUCACUUUCAUACAGUUUUUAACCGGCAGCUGACCAGUGUAACCGGCUUUAACCGGCUCAGAGGACUUCCUACUGUUUGUUACUGCAUCUCAUCAACCUGCUGGAUGUUGUACUUCUUCUGCCUCAUGAGAAAAAGGAAAGACCCAGAAAACAAAAGUCAAACUACAAAACAUAUUUACUAAUCUGCUCCAAAGGUUAACACUUGGACUGAAAAGUUCAAAAUGGCCGACCAACCGUUUGAAACAAACAUAUUCCUCACAUAAUUCUUAUAUUGAAGAAGCUUCAAAUGUCAUUAAUGUUUCCUGAUUGAUUCUCAGUUGAGUUCGUUGAGUUUUGGUGCUUUAAACAAACUAAUCGUACGUUUUUUUUAGCCAUAGAGUCGACUGUCAGCACAUUGGAUGUGUUGACGUGUCGCUGAGCUUCGACUCUUGCAGUUUGCACAGCAGAACUAUAUUUAUGUGUAUAUGAAGAGAAUGUAUUUUUCCAGUACAUUUUUGCAGAUGCAUUUCCCUCAUCUCGGCCCAUUUUAAACUGAUCUGUAGUGCCCUCUUCUGGCCUCAUGCUAAGCAGCACGAGAAGCUAACAGGAACAUUUCACCAGCUAAAUUAGAUUUAAUGAAGCGUCAAACAUUUCUAGAUUGAAUCUAUUUCUGCUAGCUAGCUGGGUGGCUAAAGAAGUAGAAUGGAUAAUUACUGGCCACGAUCCAUAAAUUGGCAAGAAUGUAGCAAACCACUGAGAGAUUUAAAAGGUCUCGGACUGAAAGUUAGCUCCCAACCAAAUCUCGUGUUAGCAAGGGUACCGCUAACCACUGAGAGACUAAAAUAUCUGUCAAAAAGCUAACAGCUAGCAAAUUGAAAUUCUUAAAAUGAUAUUUGCAAGAACAUAGAGGUCCAGGGUGGAAAGCUAAUGACGGCUAGAGAAUCCAAAAAUAUCUGAAUGUCUGUCUGUAUUUUUGGAAUGACUUUAAAAACUAGCUAAAUUUGUUAGCCUCUUGACCGAAGUUAGCAAGGAUUAGGGUGAUAGCUAACAUGCUAACGAUCCUUUACAACUGAGCCGAAUGUUGCUAAUGUUAGCGUCCCGUCCUGCUGCUGUACUGUGCAGGGAGAUGGAGCGCCACCACAUAGUUCAAACAUGAAGCGCCAAAGAGCGUUUCCUGUUUCCUGUAAAGCAGAUUUUUAAAACAAGAGAAAAUCUGAAUGUUUUUCUACCUACGUUUGUUUCUAUAUUGGUUUUCUGCAAUAAAGAAGUUUUGAUUCUUUUUUUAAAA